AUUGCAUUUGACAAGUCUCAGACACAUUUGAAUAAACCUAAUGUAUCGCGCUCAUCACUUGAAACAUUAGAUUCGUGUAACGUUCGAAAUUAAUCCGUUAAUAAUAUUAUUGUUUCGAAAUCGGCAGUCGUGUCCUAGAGAUCGUCGCGUGUGUAUCAUUGACGUGGCCGCGUCGCGCCGGUGUGGAAACAGAGGAUCCUCGAACAACGGAUCCUAAUAUAUCGCGAUUCCUAUCGCGCCAUAAUUACCCACCGUAUAAUUAUUGCAUUGCAUUAAUUAUCGCACAAUUGUAAUUAUUUGUUCUGUUCAUGUAAUGUUCUGUAUCAUUUACCCAAAUUGAUACGAUUAAUAGUCAGACUAAAACGAGCCAUACGAAAAAGGAAAACAACAUGGAUAAAUACAAUAUGAGAAAUCACGCUAUAUACGAUGAGUGUUCGGUAUCUAAUGGAAAUUACUUGUACCAUGUGUUUUCACUUCCGAGCCCAUCUCGCUGUUCAUUUUCUGCAUUCCCAUUGUGUGAUCCAUCCAAUGGAUUCGCAGGCAACAUUAGAUCAUCACAAUUCUACCAAUAUUUAUCAUCACCUUGUGUCUUUCCAAACGUUCCAUCAACUUUGUAUCAACCUGGGCAGGAGAAAUCAAGAUUUGCGAGUGAACAGCCAUUAUCGUUGAUACCAGGACCAUCUUGUUUUAUUCCACCCCACCCGAUGCCUGCGAUACAACCUGUCGUAAUACAAUCGCCGCACUGUUCGAAUUUUGAUAAUACUCUACAGAUAUCGGAAAUGUUCAAAGUCUCGAAAAAUAAUCAAUUCAACGACAAAGGCAACCUUGAGAGCAUCAAGGAGGCUGAAUGGGCGAAGGUUGAACAGCUAGUACAUAUGUUUCAUGCUGCUGACAAAACUAAAAGUAAACCAACUACAAUAUAUGUUGAGGACCUUGAAAGAAUCAUAUUUAGAGAAUUGAUAGACAAAGAAUCCCAAAAAAUUAAAUUUGGAAAACUUAAAAUCGAAUCUCUCGAAAGGACUAAAGUUAAAGUAGAAAACCUUAAAGAAAACAAAAUUGAAUUAGAAACAAUACACAAAGAAAAUAAAGUCAAAACUGAAAUCGAAAGUCCCAAACACCAAGAAACUAAAGUUACAAAAAUUAAAGUCGAAAAUUCUGAAGGAGGCGAAAUAAAAAUAAAAGAUUGGAUGGAAGAAACUCAGAAAAAAGGUACAAUAAAAUUAAACAAAAUCUAA